GCACUUUACACUUGUGAUGAACAUGGGCGCAGCGAUGUUCACGUCUGUAGCGCAAGUGGUGCUUCUUUGCUCAAGGAUUCUGCAGGCUUGCCCCACCGAGCAGAUCUCUCUGCACAACGAUUGGGGAUGCCCGUCAGAAUCUUUGAGUCGUGAGCUGCUGUCAGAUUCGGCCUUUGCGAGCUCUGCAAUCUGGGGUACGUAUCUCAAGGAUGCAGGCAUUGCCAGCUUUGAGUUCACUGGCAAUGGAGUUGCGAUUCAACCGGUGAACGACGGAGAUGACACGCCCUGGCACGUGCAGCUUACGCAGCCCGUCACCUUGGACCAAGGUGGUGAAGAUCCUGCAUUCUACAGCCUCUGCGUGCAAGCAUCAUCCAGCCAGGCCGGGAUGUUGCAGUUCGCCGUAGAUGCAGAUGGGGCGUUGAAUUUUGCGGUGGCCGGCGGCGGGGUGCGCAGCCAGAUGACGCUGAGCGGGGAUUCGGCCCGGGCGCAGUGCUUCAACUUCCGACUGGGGCCAUCGGAAUUCAAGUAUGUAGGACGCGUGGCGUUGGACCUGGGCGCCUUCGCGGCCAAUGGCGAAAUCUGCCAGGUCUCGCUGAAGCGCUGCGGCGUGCAGCCGCAGGUGGGAGGAUUGUCUCCCGUGCGGAGGUGCCACCUGGCGCCGUUGGAGGGAUCCAGCUGCAGUCUACUGGAAGUGAAGACCGGCGCAGAAUUCCAGCUCAACCAGUAUGGCCAGGAGACCACUGGCAAGCGGGCAUGCCUGCAGCAUACUCGUAGCCUCAAAGGCGAUACCUUUGUUUUCGCUGUGGGGCAGUGCGAAAUCUGGAAAUGUGGGAGGAAAGAUGCCCUUCUGCAAUCGGCCACAGGUGCGGGUGACAAGGAUGUUUUUAGCGAGCUCUGCGAGUAUGACGAGCCGAUGGGGGGCCGGCAGGGCCUUGAGCGAAGGGCGCCUGUCUACAUACAACUGUGGGAGUGGAACUUCGAUGACAUUGCCAAGGAGUGUACGCGUUAUUUGGGCCCGAACGGCAUUGAUGCUGUGCAAAUCUCGCCGGUCACGGAGCACAUCCUCGGCAGCCAGUGGUACACCAAGUACCAGCCGGUAGGCUUUGGAUUGAAUUCACGCAGUGGCAGUGCAGAGCAGCUGAAGAACAUGAUUGCCACCUGCCGCCGUGCUGGGGUUCAGGUCAUGGUGGAUGUCAUCCUGAACCACAUCGCAGCGCCAUGUAGUGCUGCACUGUCUGCGGGCUAUGCUGCCGUGAUGCCCUGUGUUGGGUGGGCAGGCUCAAACUACGGCAAUCGCCGCAUCAACAGCGAGGAUGGCUGGAAGGGGCCGGAGAUGUUUCACAACAUCGCCGGGAACCUCAUGGGCAACUGCCCGGUGGAAGAGCCAAGCUUCACCUGCCCCCAAAGUGAGCCCGCUGGCGACUGCAGCCUGUGCGACUUCAAGGGCCUGCCGGAUUGGAACACGGCCCUUCAGUCCACGCGGGACACGUUGGGGAAGCACCUGACGGAGCUGCACGACCUGGGGGUGACGAUGCUUCGCCUGGAUGCGGCUAGCUACGUCUCAACGGAGGACCUUGCGGCGAUCGUCAACCAGCUUCCAUGGGACUUGGUGCACCAGGAGUGGUGGGGAGGAGUUCCGGCAGAGGCGCGAAUGCAUGCCGUGGGCCAUUUCCGGGACCAGAAGUAUGGCCUCAAAAUCGCAAAUGCUUUGGGCGUGGGCGAUGCCAAAUACAUGGCGGAGCUCCUGAAUAUCUCUGCGGGACUGGAUGGAAUUCCGCCUGAGCGGGCCGUCUAUCCGCUCACCUUUCACGAUGCCAGGACCUUCGAAGCGGAUCGCUUUGUGCCCACGUUCAAGAACGGCCUGGAGUUCCACCAGCAGCAGAAGUUCCUUCUGGCGUGGCCUGAGGCCGUGGCGGUGCGGCUCUUCGGGGGCUACACCUUCAGCGACAUGGACGCGGGGCCGCCGGGGAGCUGCGGCAACGGGCAGUGCCAGCCCUUUCCAGUGUUCCUCUUCGAGGAUGAGGAGCCCAGGUGCAUGCCGACUCCUAAGGAGUCGCCCUUGUCUUUCGAGGAAGGCCAGUAUCAGGGCUGGGUGUGCGAGCACCGCUGGGAGGGCGUGGCAGGCCUCGUGAACUUCCGCAAGGCCUGCCGGGGCCUUCCCAUCACGGAGACCUGGUCGGACGUGGGCCACUUUGCCUUCCGCGCGGGCGAGGGGUGCUUCGCGGCGCUAGUGCGUGGCCACAACACCCGCUGGCCCAACUACUGGGGAGAUUUGGGUGACUGGCGGCUUGCAGGCCUGGUGACGGGGCUGCCGCCGGGCCGCUACUGCGACCUGGCCUCGCUGGGGACGCAGAAGUGCUGGGACCGCCAGCGCUGCCCCCGGGAGGUGCUCAUCGGCGAGGACGGCACCGUUGUCAUGGGCACCGUUCCAGCAGGAGAUCUGCUCGCCAUCCACAUAGGAGAGCGACUUUCUGACAGCACAGAGCCAUUCGACUGCACCAAAUCAGAAGCAGAGGACGAGCUCUCGCGUUCCAAUCUCGACCAAGUCGCUUGGAUCGCGCUGCUCCUCCUGAGAUUCCUUUUUUAAGGUCCUCGUCCUGGGCCCUGGGGCCCGGUGCGGGAUCCUCCGAAAUUUUGUUUAUAGGACUAGGGGACGAGUGGCCUGGCCGGUGGCAGAAGCUACUCCGGCUGGACAUACGAUUGGAGCACAGGCUCCAAGGCAUCGAACACCAGGAACGUCAGCACACG